AUGUCGACUAUUGAUCAGCAAGAUAUAGAGGAAUUACAACACCUACCUAGAGUCGGCACCAAAUACUUUAAAGCGUCAUCAAAGCCCAUAUAUGAAGGAGCAAAUGGCAUAGUUUUCAAGGGAACAGACGAUUCACGUAAACAAACACUAGUAAUUAAGCAAAUCAAACACAAACCACAUCAACCAUUUAGGCAGUACCUAAAUGUUGUAUAUCGAGAAUACGAAAACAUGCGACGGUGUAAUCAUAAAAGUAUAAUGCCGGUACUUGAUCUUUGCAAGAUUGACGCAACGGGAACUGAUUCACAAAAUAUGGCUGGCUCCAAGCAACUACUGUCUCAAAAUCUUGCUCUUGUCAUCCCAUACUAUCCACGUGGCGAUCUUCUAGAUUUCCUCUCAAACCUAAGAAGAUUCAAUGUUGAAAUAACGCCAAGUAUCAAAGACUCAUUGUUCAAACAGAUUGUAAAGGGAGUAAACUACCUACAUAGAAAGAACAUUGCUCAUCGAGAUUUGAAGCCGGAAAACAUCUUGAUUGAUAACAAUGGAGAAGUAAAGAUUUCGGAUUUCGGAUAUAGUUUAAAUUUGAAUGAGGUUGAAGCAAUUGGUAACUCAUUCAAGAUUGACCCACGUGAAAUAGUAUCAGGAACAAAUAGCUUCAAAGCUCCAGAAGUAUUUGAUUUGGAACAAGAAAUUCAUCAAGAUCGACUUAGUGUAAACCAAUUCAUAAAGUCAUCACAUAAUUUUCAAGAUUACAAGCUCGUAGAUCUAUGGGCAUUAGGAAUUAAUUAUUUUGUUAUAUACCUAAUGAGAUGUCCUUGGACUUCGGCAAAUUCGCAGGAUCCUAAAAACAAAACAUUCCAGAGAUAUAUCCGCAAUUACCCAAAGUCUUCACAAGAAUGGAAGAGUUUAAUACUGGAGUUGAAUAAUAACAGAUCAGUUAAUGACUCUUCUGCACUUCAAUUGUUCAAAAGAUUGCAUUAUGAUUCAAGGGAUUGUAUAUUAAAGAUUCUUAAUCCUAAUGCCCUUGAGAGAUUAAAUAGCGAUCAAUUGUUGGAAACGAAAUGGUUGAGUCAAGUUUAUGCUGAUCCUAAAGAUUUAAUUAAAUUGAUGAAGUAA